AUGAUUCAAAUUGUUUUGGAUCAAAUUAACGAUUUAUGGCCAACCAUAGUGUUGGUUCUUGGCAUUGCCCUUCUCUUAUAUCUUUUCAAGCUAUUGGUUAAAUUAUAUAGAAAUUAUUCGAAAUUAUCUCAUGUUCCCGGAUUUUGUCAAGUAAUGUAUUUUCCUUUUCGAGUUCCACUUCUUGCUCCUGAAUACAAUCUUGCAGACUGGAAAGGAGUAUCCAAGUUAAUGCAAGAGCGAGGUGACAAGGAAACAAAAGCAAUGAGAGUUUCUCUCGUGUUUUACAAUUGCUUGGUAUUGAGUGACAAAAACAUGCUUAAAGAAAUGUUUAUUUCCAAAGCACACUGCUUUGACAAGCCAGAUUUCGAAUAUGAAAUGAUUAAUAUCUUUGGAGAGAAUUUAUUAACUGCAUUGACCACUGAAAGAUGGAGGAUUCACCAUCGUGCUUGCUAUGCUGCAUUUUCUGACGAUAAUUUACGCUUGGUUUGUGAUGAAGCGGUCACUUCCACUGAUACUCUGUUAAAUACGAGAUGGAGAAAGGCACCCAUUAUUGACGCCACUCGCAAAAGUGUCUAUAUUAAUCCUAGUUUAGAUUUUUCCAAUUUGACUUUGAACGUAUUGGGCGAGGCAGCAUUUGGAUUAUCAUUUGGUGCCUUUGAUGAAAACGAAGAAGGAAGAGAGUUUUCGAAAGCCUUAGAACAUUUAACUCUUGAUGGUCUCAUUUUGAGAAGAUAUAUUUUACAAAAUAUUCCAUUCUUGUAUCCACUGCUGGCCAAAAUCACUGGUGUGAAAGCAGCUCAAGAGAAGACAAGAGUUGUCCUCCAAAGAUGUAUUGAUCAAAGAAAACAAGAACUCGAAAAGAGUGGAGAUUCAUUUGAGAGACGCGAUGUGCUAAGCUUACUUGUGAAAGCCAACACCCAAGAUAAGAUUCUUACUGAUGAGAUGCUUAUAAGUAAUGCUUUCGUUUUGUCGAUUGCUGGAUAUCAUACAAGUAGUGCCACUUGUCAAUGGGCUCUCUUUGAACUAUCCAAGCAUAAAGACAUCCAAGAGAGGGCUCGUGAGGAGGUGUUGAGCAUACUUGGCUCUGAAAGAAAGCCAUCAUUUGACGACUAUCAAAAAUUCCACUACCUCAAUGCAGUGAUUAUGGAAACUCUUAGACUACACCCUCCCAUUACAUCUGUAGUCAAACAAGUGUGUAAAAAAGAGACCACUCUUGGAAAAUUCUUAAUUCCAAAAGGUACAGAAAUUGACGUCUUCAUUGGAGGUGUUCACACUGAUCCUCGAUAUUGGGAAAAUCCUUAUACAUUUAAUCCAGAGAGAUUUGUGAAAGAAGAAGACAAAUCGAGAGCAAAGCACGACUUUUCAUGGAUACCUUUCUCUGCUGGAAAUAGAAAAUGCAUUGGAUAUAGGUUUGCUGAGAUGGAAAUUUGCAUGAUUCUAAGCCGAUUGUUACAAAACUAUGAGUUUGACAUUGAAGACGCUCAUUUGGUCGGUGAGGUCGUGGGUGUGACUGUCACCCCAAGCAACCUCAAGAUUAAAGCAACUCCACUUUGUUAA